AAUUACAUUAGAGGGCAGAGGGGUGUUAAUUAUUGUUGACUGGUGGCAACCUACUAGUAAGAGUAUACCCUGCCCUGCCUUGCCUGGCCUUGCCUUCACCACUCUCCUUGUUUGUAUUUUUGCAUUUUGCAGUCGCAGAGGCAGAGAGACAUGGAUUUGGACCAGUGGAUCUCCAAGGUCAAAGAUGGCCAACACCUUCUGGAAGACGAACUUCAACUUCUCUGCGAAUACGUCAAAGAAAUCCUUAUUGAAGAAUCCAAUGUGCAACCUGUCAACAGUCCAGUGACUGUUUGUGGUGAUAUUCAUGGUCAGUUUCAUGAUCUAAUGAAACUUUUCCAGACUGGUGGUCAUGUGCCAGAGACAAAUUACAUUUUUAUGGGAGACUUUGUUGACCGUGGUUACAACAGUCUGGAAGUGUUCACCAUCCUUUUGCUUCUAAAAGCAAGAUACCCGGCUAAUAUUACUCUUCUCCGUGGAAACCAUGAAAGUAGACAACUUACACAGGUCUAUGGAUUUUAUGAUGAAUGCCAGAGAAAGUAUGGAAAUGCUAAUGCUUGGCGGUAUUGUACAGACGUUUUUGACUAUCUAACACUUUCUGCAAUUAUAGAUGGAACCGUGCUUUGUGUUCAUGGAGGACUUUCUCCAGACAUUCGAACAAUUGAUCAGAUAAGAGUCAUUGAGAGGAACUGUGAAAUUCCUCAUGAGGGACCAUUUUGUGAUCUAAUGUGGAGUGAUCCUGAAGACAUUGAAACAUGGGCGGUUAGUCCUCGUGGAGCAGGUUGGCUAUUUGGUUCCAGAGUCACUUCUGAGUUCAAUCACAUAAACAAUCUUGAUCUAGUUUGCCGAGCACACCAACUUGUUCAAGAAGGACUUAAGUAUAUGUUCCAAGAUAAAGGUCUUGUAACUGUAUGGUCUGCACCUAAUUAUUGCUAUCGUUGUGGAAAUGUAGCUUCCAUUCUUAGUUUCAAUGAAAAUAUGGAGAGAGAAGUUAAAUUUUUCACUGAAACAGAGGAGAACAACCAGAUGAGAGGUCCCAGGACAGGCGUUCCAUAUUUCUUGUAACUUGUCAACUUCUUGCUGGAAUUUAUUGUAAAAUUAUAUAGUAAAUCGUUUACUCUUAUGAUUGGACAUUGAUAGUCAUGUAUCAUGGAGAUUGAAAUGCAUUUCUUUUUUAUUGCAAA